AUGACGACAAUGGAUCUACGAGUCGGCAACAAGUACCGUAUCGGCCGCAAAAUUGGUAGCGGCAGCUUUGGUGACAUCUACCUUGGCACCAACAUCAUCUCCGGCGAGGAAAUCGCCAUCAAACUCGAGAGCGUCAAGGCGAAGCACCCGCAACUAGAAUAUGAAGCCCGUGUGUACAAGUCUCUUGCCGGGGGUGUCGGUAUCCCGUUCGUUCGCUGGUUUGGUACUGAAUGCGACUACAACGCCAUGGUCCUGGAUCUCCUCGGACCCAGUCUGGAAGACCUUUUCAACUUCUGCAACCGCAAGUUCUCCCUGAAGACCGUUCUUCUCCUCGCCGACCAGCUCAUCUCACGCAUCGAGUACAUCCAUGCCAAGUCGUUCAUUCACCGUGAUAUCAAGCCGGACAACUUCCUCAUGGGCAUCGGCAAGCGUGGCAACCAAGUCAACGUCAUCGAUUUCGGUCUGGCCAAGAAGUAUAGGGAUCCGAAGACCCAUUUCCACAUCCCUUACCGUGAGAACAAGAACCUGACUGGUACCGCCCGCUAUGCCAGCAUCAACACCCACUUGGGCGUCGAGCAGUCUCGCCGCGACGACAUGGAGUCUCUGGGCUAUGUCAUGCUCUACUUCUGCCGCGGCUCCCUCCCGUGGCAGGGACUCAAGGCUGCCACGAAGAAGCAGAAGUACGAUCGCAUCAUGGAGAAGAAGAUGACCACUCCAACGGAGGUCCUGUGCCGUGGAUUCCCCAACGAAUUCGCCAUCUACCUCAACUACACGCGCUCCCUGCGCUUCGACGACAAGCCAGACUACUCUUAUCUCCGUAAGAUUUUCCGCGAUCUCUUCGUCCGUGAGGGGUUCCAGUACGAUUACGUCUUCGACUGGACCGUGUACAAGUACCAGAAGAACGCCCAGGCCAUCGCCCAAGCCGCCGGCAACCAGGCCCAGCCAGAAGAGUCGGAAGACAAGACUGGACGUGUCCGCACCAACGCAGCAACCGCUGGCCAGACCGCAGCAGGGACCGGCACCAUCACUGACAAGCGCCGCGGUCCAGUCAACCCGCGUCAGGAAGGCACCGGAAUGAACUUCACAGCCGCAUCCAGGCACCUCGACAGCACGCAGCAAAGCUCCGCGACGAGCGUCGAACCUUUGGCAGAUGCGCCACCUCCCUACAUCCCACGCUCUCACAAGGAGAUAGAAGCAGUUGCCAGACGGGCACGGCAGACCUUUGGCGAUAGUCUACCGGAGGGCCACUUAUCUUUAGAAGAGUACAAUGUGUAUGAGCGGUUAUAUGGGGCUCCAACAUGGACAACAGAUCUCAACGAAGUGGCGGAGCUGCAACGCGGAGAAGAUGUUGAACCAGCUGUGGAAGAGCAGAGCAGAGGCUACGCAUUGUUGCGGAGGGGGCAAGAUGGCGAGAUGGAGGAGGUGGAGUUUUACCAGGCACCGGUCCCGGAACUACAAGGCGAAGAAGCGAGCGGGUCCAGCGCAUAUCAGAUACUGAAUGGGCAAGUCACGGAGCUUGACGCAGAGCUGGAGUUUCAGACGCAGCAGCUGGCGGAUAUCGUGCUGGGCGAAGAGGUGGAUCUGGACGAAGUAGAGCUUCCCAUAGAAGAAGAUGGCGAGUUCGAGGACAUGUUUGAACCGGAUUCAUACGCAGACUCGCCCACCGAACGGACGCAUCCGCUUACUGCAGCUGGCCGAUUCGCGACAUCACCAUCCACCGUCAACCUGCCCAAAGCUACUUUUGUCGAGCCUGUCUCAGAUCUUCUCGCUGGCACACCAAACAAGCAUCUCACAGAGGCCGCUCACCGCACCUUUGGCGGCAUAGGCCUGCCCUUCUCCACGUCCACGCCCAUGAUAGGCCGACCCCCUGAACAGAAGCCUAUAGCUCUGGAAGCUGCCCAGGGCCAGAUGACGGAGAUGGAAGGGAACGUGUAUAUGACAGCGAUCAUGCCCGGCACCUACGCUGCUGCGUUAAGCACGAUUGUCGAGACACGAAAGCGCCUAGGCUCCGAGUGGUUGGAAUCGCUGCUUCGCAAAGAAGGCGGCCCAUUCAUUCUCGAUGCCGGUGCUGGCGGUGCGGCCGUUCUGGCUUGGCGAGAAGUUCUUGCGGCCGAAUGGGAUAGGAUGCACGAGAAUAACAUCUCUAGGGCCUCGCUACCGCUGGGCAAGGCAACAGUUCUGACCGGCUCUGAUACCCUACGGCACCGUGCGAGUCGGCUGCUGGACAGUACGACGUUCCUGCCUCGCCUUCCGGACACAAUUCAUCCUGCAGAUGAAAACAAAGCGCAGCCAAGGAAACUAUACGACAUCAUCAUCGCGCCACACACACUCCUACCACUAAAAGAAGACUACCUCCGCAAACAGCAUGUCCAGAAGCUCUGGUCCCUCCUCAACCCCGCCGGCGGCGUCCUCAUCCUCAUCGAAAAGGGGAUGCCCCGCGGCUUCGAAGCCGUCGCCGGCGCGCGAGCCAUGCUCCUCGACAACCAUAUUACUUCCCCCUCCUCAACCUCGACCGCCGACGAUCCCGCCCACCAACCGCUCCACGGGCACGUGGUCAAGGGGGAACAAGCAAUGAUCGUCGCCCCCUGCACAAACCACGGCACCUGCCCUAUGUACACGACUCCAGGCCUCAGCAAAGGGAGAAAGGAUUUCUGUUAUUUUAGCCAGCGCUUCAUUCGUCCGCCGUUCCUGCAACGCGUCCUCGGCGCUCAUGACCGCAAUCACGAGGACGUCCACUUCUCGUACCUCACUGUGCAGCGCGGGCGGGAUCAGCGCGUCUCUCACGGCCUGGAGCAAGGUGAUAUCGCAACCACCGCCGCGUUCGCAGGACACGAAGGCGCGACGCCUACCCCCUCGACUCAUCUCUCCGCCGCCGUCCCAGCGGCACCAACGGAAGCGGAAGCAGAAGCAGAAACGCACAAAGGGGUCAAGCUCACAGCCGCUGCAGCUGCCGAGCAACCCCCAAUAAACCCCCUCGCCCUCCCCCGCACGAUCCUGCCCCCCCUCAAGCGCCGCGGCCACGUGAUUCUCGACGUCUGCACGCCCUCCGGCACGCUGGAGCGCUGGACCGUCAGCCGCUCCUACUCGAAGCGCGCGUACCGCGACGCCAGAAAGGCGCAGUGGGGAGACCUGUGGGCGUUGGGGGCCAAGACGCGGGUGCCGCGCUCUGUGCGGCUGGGGCGGCCUGGAGAUGAAGGGGAGGUGCCGAGGGGCAGGAGUGUGGGCGGGGAGGGGUGGCGGAAUGUCAAGAGGGCCGGGAAGGGGGGGCAGGGGAGGGGGAAGGUUAAGGGGAAGGGGAAGAGGCUUUUUGAGGUGCCGGUUGAUGGGUAUGGGAAUGUAGUGGGCGAGGGUGUUGGGCGGGGAAGUGAGGGGAAGAUGGGGAAGAAGAAGGGCGGGGAGGGGAAGAGAGGGAGGGGGAGGGGAGAGAAGGCGUUAGAUAUUGAGGAGAUGUUGGGGAUGUAA